CGGCCCCGACACCGCGACACCGACACCGACACAGUAUAUGGCGACUCCCGGGAAGAGGAAGCUUGCCGAGCUCAGCGUGGACGACUUCCUGGCCUCCAAGCUCGACUCCAGCAGCAGCGGCGGCGACGACGAUGACAACGACGGAGGCCAUUCCGACGGCGAGGGGCGCGAGCUCGGGGAGGAGCCGGUCGGGAAGACGAAGAGGAAGAGGGGGGCCGUGCCGGCUAAGGCGGAGGAGAAAACGAGAGUGAAGCCGGGCAGAGUGGCUCUCCUGCACAAGCAGCAGCUGUCUCGGCUGAAGGAGAAGGACCCGGAGUUUUUCGAGUUCCUGGAGAAGAACGACAGGAAGUUGCUGAACUUUGACGAGACGGACAGCAGCUCGGACGAGGAGGGGAAUCGGCCCCACCAGCCGCCCGAGGAGCUCGAGUUGGCCAGCGAGGAGGAUGAGGAUGAUGGUGAUGAUGAUGAAGAGCAGACAGCAGCGACCAAGAAGAAGAAGAAGACCGAUAACCUAAUCCCAGUCACCAUCAAGAUGGUGGAGAAGUGGAAAGAAGCCAGCAAGAGCCAGUUCUCGCCGCGGAUUUUCCACGAGAUCGCAAUGGCGUUCAAAGCGGCCGCCUUCACCACCAAGGGGGAGGACCAGACCGGGGACCUCGGCAAGUACAGGGUGGAGGACAGUGCAGUGUUCAAUGUGCUGGUGUCGUUCUGCAUCCGAGACCUCUUUGCCGUCCUGCAAAAGUUCCUGCAGCUAAAGCCAGACCCACGCAAGAAAAAGCUGGUGUUGCCCUCCAGCAGUCGGCUGUGGCCGAAACUCCGACAGGACCUCAAUGCUUACCUGACUGCUCUCAUGCAGUUGUUAUCCAGCUUGACUGAAGCAUCUGUCGUGACCGCUGUUUUCCGUCACGCCAAUCACCUCGUCCCUUACUAUCUCUGCUUCCCAAAGCACUGUCGAGUGCUCCUCAAGCAAACGGUCAAACACUGGAGCACAGGAGAGGAGACUGUUCGAGUUCUCGCCUUCUUGAUCCUCAACAAAAUCUGCCGACAUAAGAAAGAUAUGUAUCUGAACCCGGUUCUCAAGCAAAUGUACAUCGCCUACGUGAAGAACUGUAAGUUCACCUCCCCCACCGCCCUGCCCAUGAUCAACUUCAUGCAGCGCACCCUGACUGAGAUGUACGCACUCGACCAUCAAGUCACCUACCAGCAUGCCUUCAUUUACAUCCGGCAACUGGCCAUCCACCUCCGCAAUGCCAUGACCAUGAAGAAAAGGGAGACCUAUCAGUCAGUGUAUAACUGGCAGUACAUCCACUGUCUGUAUCUGUGGUGUCGUCUCCUGACAACUCUCCACCCCAACCCUGUCCUGGAGCCACUCAUUUACCCAUUGGCUCAAGUUGCUCUCGGCUGUAUCAAGCUGGUGUCGACGGCCCGCUAUUACCCCCUUCGCUUCCACUGCGUCCGAGCUCUCACCCUCCUGUGUGACAGCACCAAGACCUUCAUCCCACUCCUGCCCUUCCUCCUGGAGGUUUUCCAGCAGGUGGACUUCAACAAGAAACCGGGGAGGAUGAGCAUGAAACCGAUCAACUUUGACGUCAUCCUGAAACUGUCCUAUGCCAAUCUGCAGGAGAAAGCCUUUCGGGAUGGACUCGUUGAACAGUUGUACGACCUGAUUCUGGAAUAUUGUCACAGCCAGGCACACACCAUAGGCUUCCCAGAGCUCGUGUUGCCCUCUGUCAUUCAACUAAAAGCUUUCCUCAAACAAUGCAAAGUGGCCAAUUACUGUAAGCAGAUCCGGCAGCUCCUGGAGAAACUGCAAGAAAAUGCCACCCACGUGACCAAGAAGAGACAGAAAGCCACCUUUGGGGUGUCCGACAAGGAGUCUGUGGAAGCGUGGGAGAGACAGACACAGGAAGAAGGCACCCCACUGAGCAAGUACUACGUUAACUGGAAGAAGCUGAGACUGAAGGAGAUCGCUCUGGAGAUCAGUGGGAAGGAACGUAUGGAAGACCUGGAUUUGCCGGAGAUCAAACGCAAGAGGUUGCAAGAGAGCAAAGAGAAGGACAAGAAAGAGUUCCGAGAGCUCUUUGAGUCUGACAGCGACUCAGAUGAUGAAAGCUGUGGGUUUAAAGCUAAAGGCCAAGCGGGAAAGGGCGGCAAAAAGCCAAGCGGCGGGGCUGGCUUCCUGCAGGACCUGUCUGACAUGAGCGACGAAGAGGAAGAUGGCGGCCAAGAGGAAGAUGGCACCGACGCCUCUAUCCAAGUGGAAUCUGACGGCGAGGAAGAGGGAGGUUCCCAGAAGAAAGGGCCGAGCCGGUUGUCUCAGUCUGACCUGCGGGAGCUGGCGGAAGGCGGCGAAGACCUGGUUGAGGAGUUGGAGCUGUCGGACGAAGAUUAGAGAGUCCUGCGAAAUCCCUCCAACCAGCGCAGUCCUCCCGAAGGCCUCCAGAAAUAGCCCGGGUUCUUGGGCUUGGGGGCUUAAAGGGGCAAAAGCCCGAAGUACCACCCGGUCUCUCACGAAAACGCCCGGGAAAAUCCGGUCUUUAAACUGGGAAUUCUCGUAUGAAGAGCUUCGGAAAAAAUGGCUUCAAAUUGAGCCUGAUUUGAGGAAUUCUCUACCAAGUCCUGGGACAGUUAUUGGAACGAUUUCCCCCCCCCCCCCCC